AUGCCAGAGCUGAACUGCUCCUUCGCUGCUCUUUUCACAAUUGGAGCCGGAGUUUUUAAUGAUGUUGCCUGCCCAGAGGUUGCUUUGGUGUGCGGGAAGAACAUCUCCUUGGUGUUGGCUAAUGCGACUGCAGAAGAUCUGCGUGUCAUGUGCAUGAGCGAGAAUGACUACCUGACCUGGCACCUGGGGCCUCCGAGGUCCCCCGUGUUCCUUCCAGUCUGUGUCACCUACCUCACCAUCUUCGUGGUGGGCGUACUGGGCAAUUCUCUGACCUGCAGUGUCAUUUUGCGUCACAGGGUGAUGCAGACGCCCACCAACUACUACCUGCUGAGCCUGGCGGCGUCUGACCUGCUGGUGCUGCUGCUGGGCAUGCCGUUAGAGCUCUACGAGAUGUGGCAGAACUACCCCUUCCUGCUCGGGGAGGGGGGUUGCUACUUCAAAACCUUCCUGUUUGAGACCGUCUGCUUCGCUUCCAUCCUCAAUGUCACAGCGCUCAGCGUGGAGCGCUACGUGGCGGUGGUGCACCCCCUUAAAGUCAAACACAUGACCACACGUGCUCACGUCAAGAGGGUCAUCUUCAUGCUGUGGGUGCUGUCCAUGCUGUGUGCUGCGCCAAACACCAGUCUGCAUGGGAUCGAGAUGCUGCCUCCAAAGUUUGGACGACAGUUUCCCCGAUCUGCUACCUGCCAGGUGAUUAAGCCCAUCUGGAUCUACAACCUGAUCAUCCUGAUUUCUACGUUGGCCUUUUUCCUGCUCCCCAUGAUAAUAAUUAGCAUUCUCUACUUGCUCAUUGGCUUGGAACUGAGAAAGGCGAGGAUGAUGCCCACUGUGAACACCAGCUUUGGACCAGAAUGUCUGUCCAGGUCCCAAGAUCAGAAAAUGAGCAAACGCAACCUGCAAGUCACCAAGAUGCUGUGUGUCGUGGUGGUUGUGUUCAGCCUUUGCUGGGCUCCCUUCCAUCUGGACCGCUUGAUGUGGAGCUACAUCGACAUGUCGUCCGUGCAACACCUCCAGGUCUUCGAACACGUCCACAUCGUCUCCGGAGUCUGUUUCUACCUGAGCUCUGCCAUAAACCCCAUCCUCUACAACCUAAUGUCCACAAGGUUUAGAGAAAUGUUCAGUCACUUUACUUGUUAUUCUUCUGGCUGGACAUCGCGCUCUAGCUUACAGAUGACCCAACGCAGCACCUUAAGCGAGAAAAUGCCCAACAGUCCGAAAUGUACUUAG